CUACAGUAGAGGAGAGCGGCGACAGUAAUGGAAACGCAACCAAGGUUCUUCAGUAAAUUAUAAAACCUAAAACGCAGCCAAUGGGUAUUGAUAAUUUUUGCAGCUUUAACGGCUCUGAUCCUUUCUGGGACUGGAAUCGCACGUGGCGCACGCCCAGCCCGGACCUGACCCAGUGUUUCCAGAACACAGUGCUGAUGUGGGUCCCUUGUGCCUACCUCUGGCUGUUGGCACCCUUCUACAUCAUAUACCUCAAAAGCCAUGACCGUGGAUACAUAUGCAUGACUUAUCUCAGUAAAGCCAAAACGAUCGCUGGCUUCGUGCUGUGGAUGGUCUGCUGGGCCGAUGUUUUCUGCACGUUCUGGGAAAGAGGCCAUGGGGUCUCCAGGGCGCCAGUUUACCUCAUCAGUCCCACCGUGCUGGGCAUCACCAUGCUGCUGGCUGCACUGUUGAUCCAGUAUGAACGGAUAAAGGGGGUCCAGUCUUCAGGGGUGAUGCUCACCUUUUGGCUUAUUGCUGUGGUGUGUGGAACAAUUACAUUUCGAUCUAAGAUCCUGCAGGCAGUCUGGGAGCCCGCCACAGUCAACGUUUUCAAAUACGUCACAUUCUACGUCUACUAUGCCUUACUCCUGAUCUCGCUCGUCCUGUCCUGUUUCACAGACCAGCCUCCGCUCUUCUCCAGCUCAGUCAAAGACUCCGAACUAUGCCCAGAGUCGGGAGCUUGCUUCCUCUCCAAAAUCACCUUCUGGUGGAUCACAAGGCUGCUGAUGCAGGGCUACAGAAGGCCCCUGGAGGAGAAGGAUCUGUGGGUCCUCAACCCGGAGGACCAGUCCCGCACGGUGGUGCCUCAGUUGGUGCGUCGAUGGGACCAAGAAUGCAACAAGGUCAAAAGGUUACAGGAAAAGAGCAUGUACUCGCAAAAGCAGUCUGUGAUGGACAACAAGGAUGAGAGGAGACCUGAGGUGGAGUUUGAGGUCCUGCUGGUGAGGACGUCCCACAAAUCUGGCGAGCCGUCCCUCUUCCUCGCCCUGUGUCGGACCUUCGGCCCCUACUUCUUGGUCAGCGCCGUCUACAAGAUCAUCCAUGACAUCCUGAUGUUUGUGGGACCGGAAAUCCUCAGGCUGCUGAUCCAGUUUGUGAACGACUCCAGUGCCCCCUACUGGCAUGGCUUCUUCUACACGGCCCUGCUGUUUGUGUGCACCUGCCUGCAGACGCUCAUUCUGCAGAGGUACUUCCACGUCUGCUUCGUGACAGGGAUGAGGCUGCGCUCGGCCAUCGUCGGCGCCGUCUACAGGAAGGCCCUGGUCAUCACCAACGCCGCCCGCCGCACCUCAACGGUGGGAGAGAUCGUGAACUUGAUGUCUGUGGACGCUCAGCGCUUCAUGGACCUCAUCACCUACAUCAACAUGAUCUGGUCAGCCCCUCUUCAGGUCGCUCUGGCCCUCUACUUCCUCUGGCAGAAUCUGGGCCCUUCGGUGCUAGCUGGAGUGGCUGUCAUGGUGCUCAUGGUUCCAGUGAACGCAGUGAUAGCCAUGAAGACCAAAACCUACCAGGUCGCCCAGAUGAAGAGCAAAGACAACAGGAUCAAGCUGAUGAAUGAGGUGCUGAAUGGCAUCAAGGUGUUGAAGCUGUAUGCGUGGGAGCUGGCCUUCCGCGACAAGGUGUCCGCCAUCCGCGAGAGUGAGCUCGGCGUGCUGAAGAAAAUGGCCUACCUGAGCGCCGUCUCCACCUUCACUUGGGUCUGCGCGCCCUUCCUGGUGGCGCUGUCCACGUUCGCGGUCUACGUGCUGGUGGACGAGCACAACGUCCUGGACGCGCAGAAGGCCUUCGUCUCUCUGGCCCUCUUCAACAUCCUGCGCUUCCCGCUCAACAUGCUCCCCAUGGUCAUCAGCAGCAUGGUGCAGGCCAGUGUGUCCAUGAAACGCCUGCGCGUCUUCCUGUCCCACGAGGAGCUGGAGCAGGACAGCGUGGACCAUGUGGAAAUCAGUGGCUCUCCGAACAGCAUCCGUAUUGUAGACGGGGCUUUCAGCUGGUCGAAGAAGGACCUGCCUACCCUGAAGAGGAUUAACGUGUGUAUUCCUGAGGGGGCGCUGGUGGCUGUGGUGGGACACGUAGGAUCAGGGAAGUCCUCCCUACUGUCCGCGUUCUUGGGGGAGAUGCACAAACAAGAGGGGUGUGUGUCUGUCAAGGGGUCGGUGGCGUACGUGCCCCAGCAGGCUUGGAUCCAGAACACCACCCUGCGGGAGAACAUUGUGUUUGGACAGGAGAGGAGAGAGAGCUGGUACCACAGAGUGCUGGAGGCAUGUGCCCUCCUGCCAGACCUGGACGUUCUGCCCGGAGGAGACGCCACGGAGAUCGGGGAGAAGGGCGUAAACCUCUCUGGGGGGCAGAAGCAGAGGGUCAGUCUGGCCCGGGCGGUGUACUGCGACUGUGCAGUCUAUCUGCUGGAUGACCCCCUGUCUGCCGUCGAUGCCCACGUGGGGAAGCAUAUCUUUGACAAGGUCAUCGGCCCCGAGGGUCUGCUCCAAGGCCAGACGCGCGUGCUGGUGACCCACGCACUGAGCUUCCUGCCGCAGGUCGACCUCAUCCUGGUCAUGGUGGACGGAGAGAUCACGGAGACGGGCUCGUACGCCGAGCUGCUGGGCCGACAGGGAGCGUUCGCCGACUUCCUUCGCACCUACGCCAACGCUGAGCAGGAAGGGGAGGAGGAGCAAGCCGCAGAGGAGCCCGUGGAUCAGAAGGAGAGUGGGCCACCUGAAGAUGCAGCUGCACGGAAACCCCUGGAAAACCGAGACCGGGCGGCCGCGCUCGGACAAAGCCAGAGUUCCCUGAACGUGGCCGGAGCAGCCAAGUCCCUGCAGACAGCUGAGACUAAGGCCAGCCCAGCAGGCCAGAAGGACAUGGUGCCCGACGCUGCCAAGCUGACAAGGGCAGACAAGGCCAACACCGGCAGGGUGAAGCUGUCUGUGUUCUGGGAGUACAUGAAGGCCAUUGGUUUGUGCCUGUGCUUCAUCAGCAUAGUUUUCUUCCUAGCGCAGCACAUGGCAUCACUGGGUUCGAACUACUGGCUCAGCCUCUGGACUGACGACCCGGUUAUUAACGGCACCCAGCCAAGCAGAAAUAUGCGCCUGGGGGUGUAUGGAACCUUGGGCCUCUCACAAGGCAUCGCUGUGUUCUGCUACUCUGUCUCCGUAUCCAUCGGUGGAAUCCUCGCCUCACGCUACCUGCACGAGAGCAUGCUGUACAACGUGCUAAGGUCGCCCAUGGCCUUCUUCGAGUGCACGCCCAGCGGAAACCUGGUGAACCGCUUCUCCAAGGAGACGGACACCAUCGACUCAGUCAUCCCCAGCAUCAUCAAGAUGUUCAUGGGCUCCAUGUUCAGCGUGCUGGGCGCCUGCACCAUCAUUCUGGUCGCCACGCCUCUGGUGGCCAUCAUCAUCCCUCCUCUGGGCCUCUUCUACUUUUUUGUGCAGCGCUUCUACGUGGCCUCAUCUCGGCAGCUGAAGCGUCUGGAGUCGGUGAGCCGCUCGCCGGUCUACAGCCACUUUAACGAGACGCUGCUGGGGACCAGUGUGAUCCGUGCCUUUGGGAAGCAGCAGCGCUUCAUUGGGGAGAGCGAUUACCGCGUGGACCACAACCAGAGGGCCUAUUACCCCAGCAUCGUGGCCAACCGGUGGCUGGCGGUAAGGCUGGAGUUUGUGGGGAACUGUAUUGUGUCGUUUGCUGCGCUGUUUGCUGUGAUGGCGAGAGACAGUCUGAGUCCAGGGCUUAUGGGAUUGUCCAUCUCCUACGCUCUGCAGGUCACUGCGACUCUCAACUGGCUGGUGAGAAUGUCGUCCGAGCUGGAGACGAACAUUGUGGCAGUGGAGAGAGUGAAGGAGUACUCGGAUACAGAGAAGGAGGCCGAGUGGAAGCUAAAAGGGACCACUCUCCCUGCCGGCUGGCCCACUGCUGGACUCAUCCAUAUCAAGAACUUUGGCCUGCGUUACCGGGACGACCUGGAGCUGGCCAUCCACAAUAUCGACAUCACCAUCGAGGGGGGUGAGAAGGUGGGAAUUGUGGGCAGGACCGGAGCUGGGAAGUCCUCUCUGACGCUGGGCCUGUUCCGUAUCAUCGAGGCAGCUCAGGGAGAGAUCCACAUAGACGGAGUGAACAUCGCUGACGUGGGCCUGCACGACCUGCGCUCUAGAAUCACCAUCAUCCCCCAGGACCCGGUCCUGUUCUCCGGGUCUCUGCGCAUGAACCUGGACCCCUUCGACAGCUACUCCGAUGAGGAGGUGUGGAGGGCUCUGGAGCUCGCGCACCUCAAGAGCUUCGUGUCGGGUCUGCCGGACAAACUGCAGCACGAGUGUUCCGAGGGAGGAGAGAACCUCAGUUUGGGGCAGAGGCAGCUGGUUUGCCUGGCUCGAGCUCUCCUCAGGAAGACCAAGGUUCUGGUUCUGGAUGAGGCCACGGCCGCCGUGGACCUGGAGACCGACAACCUGAUCCAGUCCACCAUCCGCACUCAGUUUGAGGAGUGUACAGUACUGACCAUCGCUCAUCGCCUCAACACCAUCAUGGACUACACCAGGGUGCUGGUUCUGGAUAAAGGCCAGAUGGCUGAGUUUGGGUCUCCGUCCAGUCUCGUGGCCAAGAAAGGAAUGUUCUACAAGAUGGCCAAAGACUCAGGUUUGGUGUGACACCUGGAGGACGACCGAGGAGACUCCUCCUCCUCCUCCUCUUCGUCUCUCGUCCUGGAACUCAUCGUUUGUCCUAGAACACUCCGCGUGUUCUGGAACACAUCUUGGAUCCCAUUUGAGAGAGUUUCCAUAUCGUCUGCUUCUAAGGAUCGCUUCUGAUUUGCCAAUGGGACGUUUGAGUUGUAUUUUUGGCAAAAUUAGUUUGGUUUAAGAGACUGUUUGUUUUGGGGUUUUUUUUGUUUUGUUUUGUUUUUUUUUGGUGCUUGAUAUUAUUUGAAAGAUGCCUGAUCACAAGAGAUGGGUCUACAUUCAGACUCUAGAGUAAUGCUGUGGUUUUCAUUUGGAAACCUACCGAGAAGGAUUAGGUUUGACCAGCUUUGUCUUUUAGGAAUAUAUAUUUCUGUCUUUUGGACAUCACUGACAUCACUGUACUAUCGCUGAGCUCCAGCUGCAGUUGUCCACUGCCUGGCUGGCUUGCCUUAGCACCGUACAGACGGCACAGCAGUCCUGCGACGCGAUCAGGGCUCGUGUCCGAACCAAAGUCCUCCACGUCUAGGUCAUGUUCUCAGAAGGAAUGCAGACUUGGGUUCAUAGAAAAAGAAUUGUCCACCUCAGGCCGUCUCUUUAAAGCUGCCAUGUGUUAAUGAAACUGUUGGUCCUCCUCAGUGUUCUACAACCCUCUGCUCCUCCCACACAACCACACACCUCCCCCACCCACACAGGCGCACACAUCUGACGUCCUCAGGUCGCACAGCACUUUAAAAUUGUUACAUAUGCUAAAAGCAACUGGGCUGCUAGCUCCUCACCAGCUGGGUCUGCUCCCCAUCUUUGGAUCUGCUGGGCACUUUGCCCUGUUCUUUAAACGCAGCCCAGUCCUCUGUUCCUCCAGCGAUCAUGUACGCAGCGAAUAUUUAGCUGUUGCACUUCCAUCUUCAGCUACGGGUGUCUGCUGUGAGCCAUGACAAAUUUACAUAGACACCAGUCUGUGAGCACUCACACUCCACGUCCAGACUGGGACCGUCUGGGUUGCGAGGGAAGUCCGAUUGAGGCCUGCGCGCGUCUCUCGUGCGUACCCGUGUACCUGCGGUACAGCUGAAUGGGCCGACCAGGCUAUAAUUGGUCUCGUCUCUCUUUCCGGCAUUGUAACAUGGACACUCCAUCACACUCUGCUCAAGGCCAGUCAUUAGGACAAGACCUGCGUUCUGAGUUUAACUUUAAAAUGAUUGACCGUAGAUUGUUACAUUUAAAAUAUGACACCGUAUUUAUAUUGUUUGUAUAAUUAUAAAUUGAUACUUAUAUACCUGUGUAAGUGUCUUUACUUUCACGAAUCCAAAUAAACAGUUAAAGUAAAAAAAUAAAUGUUUUUGUAACAAA